GGUGGAAGGGAAGCUUAACGUGUACAGAUGUUUCCACACAUUGCCUGAGAACAUAUAGAUCUUAACUGCAAUCUAUGACCGAGGCAACAUUUAAUUGGAGACCAUAUGACGACAUUGUGGGUAGACUUCCCGAUAUAUGUCGGAGUGGUAUGGGAAUUUGGCGGAGUUGUGGCCCUCUGCUAUACUACUCGGUUGUGGAGCAUCACUAUCCUCAACGAGUGAUGAGACAGUUUGGCAUGUUCCAGUAUAUACCUAACCCAAUUGCCAUUGAUCAUAAUGAGCAUGCCAGGCUUCAUUCCAUGAACCGGAGCGGGAAAACCGGCUGGAACUGGUUAAGUCGUCACACACCGUUUGUUUGUCAGUGGGAGGCACGUCAUCAAAACUUGGUCACCGGGGAACUCAUGACAUCUGUUGGAGUUGCCAAUGAUUACAUGCCGUGGUACAUGGAACAUACCGUGUUAUAUGUGUCUAACCCACAGUUGUCAACUGGCCCUACGAGCGGUUUUCAAGACGAAGGAGCAAGGGCCCAAAUGAUGUCAGAGACGAUGGAUCUAAUUCACCGAUCUGAAGAUGUGGACGUUAUUCAUGGUGCGGCGUAUCGGGCCCUUGAGAUGUCUAAUGUUCCAAAAUACACACAAUAUCCGACUCAUCUGUCACCGGAGCCGGUGGACCGUGUUUCAUAUCCUCGUACACAGAGGGUAGGGAGGCCCCGACGUCAUGGUCGUGGUGGUAGAAACGUUCAAGAGGCCGGGACAUCAAAUUGGGGCCCAAACUUCGAAACAGGGGGGGAUCAGGAUCCGGUGGUAACGAAGAUGUAAAUUUUGCGGGAAACUUUGGUAAUACUGAUAUGGGUGGAUCAUGGCAGUCAGUGUUGGCUACCUCAUGCUCUGAGGAUUUUGACGUCGGUGACUUAUUGAACCCCCAACAAAAUGAUAUGGGUAACAACAGUCAGUUUGUAGACCCAAACAUAAGUCAGGCGGGGUUUUUUAGCCCCUCGUCCCAUAUGAUGGACCCCAACACAAAUCUGGCAGGGUUUGUUACCCCCGCGUCACAGAUGAUAACAUUUAUGCCGGAGACCCAAACAGACUAUCAGUACUGGCCCCCAAACCAAAGUAACGAAGAUCACCAGAACCGUUAUGCAGAUGUUGAACCAAACCCCUUAGACUGGAGUCUCGACUUGAACCUGUUUCCACCA